ACAGUAGCAGACUCUCAUUAAUAUUGUACCUAACAAUAUACAUCUCUGUAUACAUUAAACUAAAAAGGGAUGCUGCGUUUUUUAGUACUGCAAUAUGUUCUGCCCAUUUUCUGCGUAACAUUGUUAUGCUUCUGUAUCACUACAUUUUUAAAGUUACUUUUUUUUAAUGUUCAAAAGUGUUAUUACAAAACCGCGAAUGACGACCACUACAAAUUAUUAGCAAGCCUAGUGCUGUGUCACAAAACCCAAACUGUCGAAACAUGUUCUUGCUACAAAAACACAACAGCAUGUCUUUACAUACAGCUGUAUCGUUUUAUCUGCAGCCACAUACUCCGGGAGCGUAACGCGCCUGUGUGCGUAAUGUCUCGUAGUGCGCUGUGCGUGGCCAAUGAAUGAGCUGGUAAAGGCAAGCGCUGAAAUUUGAAAAUUAUCACAAGCAGUAGGGAAGGGGUAAUAGAUGGUCAACAGUAGACUACGUAGGGGACUUCUAAGGAAAAUUGAGAGCAAGUUGGUAUAAAUGGCUCUCCACGAAACAAAAGAGUUGGCACUGUUAAUGUGGAUUAACAGCCUCAACAUCGAAGAACCAAUUGACAAAAUCUGUAAACUGCAAGACGGCAGUCUUUUAGUCAAGCUGAUCUUCAGAUUAAAUGGGAAAGAAGACCAAGUCCAGAAAACUUUAGACCAACCCCUCGAAGGAAGAUGGAACUAUAUCGCUAACUUCUUACAAAGUCAGUGCAAGUAUAACCCUGACUUAGGAACCAUUGUCUCGUGGCAGAAUAUAGUAAAUGGAAAAAGCCUGGAUGUGGAGCUGUCAAAGGUCACUGUCCUUCUCCUGUAUUACUCCAAUAUGUGUGGGAGACAUGUGCAAGAGUUUGAGAAGCUCAAUUAUAAGAUCCAGGCUGAGUUGGCAUCUGUCCUUCGGUUUGUUCUUGAUAAUGAGGAUCACCUUUACCUGAAUAACAAUUUAGAGCACUUCCUGAAGAGACAAGUGGUUUUCCCCUUAUCCAGUGUCUCUAGCAUGUCCAGUGUCAGUGAUGACGAAUCCCCCAUCUUCAAAAGGAAGAGGAGAACCGAAGUACAAUUUGUUGACUUGCACACAGUAGCGACUUCCUCAGUCAGCUCUCCCAUACAGGAUGUCCUGAAGACCCCACAGUUCCAGCUACGCAAGAUGCAGAAACAGAUGGCCCUUGAGAGAAACAUGAGAGAUGACCUGGAGCUAGAGUUGGCUGCCAGCUGUAAAAUAAUCACAGAGAAGGAGACCCAGCUGUGUCUGUUGCAGCAGAGAAUCCAGCGGCUGGUGAGGCAAAAUGAUGAGCAGGAGCCCAAGGAGCUGGAGGAACUGAGGGAUAAAAAUGAAAGUUUGUUAAAACGUUUGCAAGACACGCUAAAACAAUGUCAAGAUUUAAAAACAAACAAAAGCCAAAUGGAGAGAAAGGUUGACAAACUUACUGAGGAAAAUGGAGAGCUCUCGUACCAGAUGCGUGACGUUGUGGUUCGUCUUGCUCAAGCCCAACAUGCUGUUGACCUGCUGUCUGAUGAGCAGGAGGCAUCAAAGAGAGAUUGGGAGUCCAAAAGGACCCAGCUGGAGAGUGAAUUCUCCCAGGCCAUUGCAGACAAGGAAUGUUUGGAAGAGAGAAUUCUGAUUCUUCAAGGCAAGAUCUCGUUACUUGAGGAGCAGCUGAGGAAGGCGACGGAGGUUCAAGUACAAGAGACAGGCGAGGUCAUUGGAGACAUACUGCAGCUGGAAGGUUUGAGGCAAGAAGUAGCUGAACUGAACACAAAGUUAUCCCAACUGCAAGCUGUCAUAGCUGGACUAGAGGAUGAAAAAUCACAAGUCCUAGCUCAGCUGACUACGGAAAGAGCCCAAUUUGAGAGUGAGAAGUCCCAGCUCUCUGAGUUAAUCUCAGGACUGCAGCAAACCCUGUCUGACCUCGGUCGCGAGAAAGAGGCAUUGGAGUGUGCUGCUUUGGAGCAACGGGAGACAUUUUCUGUCCAGAUAGAGACUCUAAAUGUGGAGAUCUCCAAACUCAGUGAGCUGGUACAGCAGAGGGAGCUGGAGCUGACUGGCCUUCACAAGCAGAUUGAAGAGGAGAGGAAGCAGAAAGGUCAGCUGGUGGAAGAAAUGGAAAAGCAAGAGCAGUCUGCUCGGGAAACCAUUAACAAUCUUAGCCUGCAGGUUGAUGAACUUGGGAGCGCCUUAAAGGUCAAAGAGGAAGAAGUGAUCUCCAGCACUCGACUGUGGGAGAUUGAGAGGGAGGAAGGAGCACGGGCAGUUGCUGCUUUGCAAGAGGUGUCCGCUAGCGCUGCCAGCGAGCGGGAUGCCGUUUUGAUGGAAUACCAGGAAUUUCAAAAGGCAAAAGAGGAAGAGAUUGGUGGGUUUAGCCAACAGAUCCAGACCCUGGAAGAAGACCGGAUAGUGAAUCAGAGUCUUAUCUCUGAGCUACGAAGGGAAAAGAAAGCGCUGGAGCAGAGGGUUGCAGAGUUGGAGGCUACUGUAGUUGAGCUGAGUGCCAAAUGCCAGAGCCUGCAGUCUGAGAAUGAAGCUCAGAGCCAUAGGCAUUUAGAAGCUGUUGAGUCAUUAACUGCACGCCUGCGGGAGGCUGAGGAGGCACUACAGGAGUAUGAAAGGAAGUUAGCCCAUCACUCUGUGGUCCUUGAUGAAAACCAGAGCCUCCGUGAUCAACUGGCUACCAUAGAGGAGAAUGUAGCAGGCUUACGUGUAGAGCUGGAAGCUGAGAAGCUGAAGUUUGAAGAGGCUCGUUCUGCUGAGCUUGGGAAGGUCUCCCGGAUGGGGCAGGAGGUUCAAGCGCUUGAGUCCAAGACCUUGGAAAUCUCAGCAGAGCUGGAGCUUGUCCGCAAGGAGCUUCUUGAAGAGCGGGAAGGAAAGGUUGCUAUUGAGUCCUCUUUGGAGUGCCUGAAGGAGGAGGGCAAAGAGAAAACAAAUACCCUGAGGCUGGAGGUUGAACAAGCCCUUUCCACGAUCAGGGAAAAAGAAGCAGAAAUCUGGAAGCUAGACUUUGAUCUGGGAAAGCUCCGUGAUCAGAUGGCAGUUGCUCAGGAAUUCAAGAUUCGAGAGCUGGCUGAAAAGGAGGGGGAGAUUGCAAAGUUGAUCAAAGAGAUGAAGCAAACACUGGUAGAACUAGAGGAAACAAAGAAGGCAAAAGCGGACAUGGAGGCUUGUCUCCAAAUGAGCAUUGGGGAGCACCAGGAUCAGCUGUCUGCACUGCGUCUGGAGCAAGCCAAUACUUUAUUUAGCCUGAAGAAAAGAGAAUCUGAACUGGAAAGCCUGCAUGCUGAAUUAUCCUUGAAACAAGAAGAGCUUAGAAACCAACAAGAGCAUGUCCUCCACCUGCAGAAGGAGGUCUCUCUGAUGGAAAUGCUAAGAAAUCAGGUAGCUGUACAAGAGAAGGAAACCCAGCAGUAUAAACAGGAGGCUGAAGUUCGAGAUAAUGAGUUCCAAGGGCUAAAGACUUUGCUAGCAACAAAAGAGAAUGAAAUCAAGAGUUUCCUGCAGAGAAUUGAUGAUGGAGAAGAAAAGGCUACUGUAAUGCAGGCUGUCCAUCAACAAAGGGAAGUAGAAAUCCAGACCCUAAAAUCAAGAAUUUUGGAGCUGGAGCAGGGUUGCUUGGAGCAAAAGCAAGCCAUCUCUGUGCUGGAAAAGGAAGUAGCAGAUGCCCGGACACUGUUGCAGAAUAAAACCACAGCCUUUGAUACUCUUGCGAACAAACUGCAGGAUCUUCAGCUAGAGCUUGCUCAGCAGCAAGAGAAGACUUUUUCAUUGGAAUGUCGACUGGAGGCAUCAGAAUCUGCCAAAAGUGAGCAAGAAUCGCUAGUGCUAAAUCUCCGCAAGGAAGUAGAUGAGGCACGUUCUUCCAAAUAUCUCCUUGAGGAGACAUUGAAAGAACAAGCGUCCAGUUUUGAGCAAAAAAUUGAAAGACAGAGGGCAGUUUUGGCUAAACUAAAAGAACAAGAGUCCACUAGGCAGGAAGAGCAAAAGGAAAGAGACAUUCUGAGGAGCCAGGCAGUUGCUGCAGAGGAAAUGCAUCGCAAAGAGCUGGAGAAAACCAUAGAGAAUCUCCAGGCUGAAGUCAGUGCAGCGUCCUCUCUAGUUUCUCAAAAACAACUGAUGGUUGAACAUUUACAGAAGGAUCUAACGGAGAGACAAAAGGAGAUGGAUGCCCAGAGAAUCCAGGUAUGUGCCGCAAAGGAAUUGCAGUGCAGGGAGUUGGAGGAAACCAUUGAAAAGCUCCAGGUAGAAGUGCGCUCUACAUCCGCCAUUGCCUCUGAAAGAGAAAAGGCCUCUGAGACAUUCCAGAAUAAACUUGUGUUGCUACAACAGGAAAUGGAGAAGGAAAAAGAAAGGGACAUCCUGAGAACCCAUGCAUCUGCUACAGAGGAAUCUCUGCGGAAAAAGCUAGAAGAAACCAUUGAAAUACUACGUGCAGAAGUCUCUUCUGCAUCCGCCCUUGCUUCAGAAAGAGAGCUGGCAGUUGAGAAGCUUAGGCAGGAACUCUCCUCCUUGCACGAAGAAAUAAAUAAGCAAAAAGAUAAUUUGAGAUCUGUAGCCACUAUAGAAGAAGCCAAGCGAAAACAGCUUGAGGAAACCAUAACAGUUCUGCAGGCUGAAGUCCGUGCAGCAAAUGACCUCACAGGUGAAAGAGAACAGGUGGCAGAGACUUUGCAGAGGGAACUCUCUUCCCUUCAAGAAGAAAUGCAGAAGCUAAAAGACGAGGCUAUUCUGAGAAACCAGGCAGCUGCCAUGAAGGAAACCCAACACGGAGAGCUGGAGGAAAGUAUAGAGACACUUCGAACAGAAGCCCUUGUUGUGUCUUCCCUCUUCUCUGAAAGAGAACAGACAGUGGAGAUGUUACAGAAGGAACUCUCCUCCCUGCAGAAGGAAUUGGAGAAGCGGGCAGUUGAAGGGGAUGCCCUGAAAAAAGAAGACACAGAGAAACCGUUUAAUGUAAAGCUGGAAUCUGAUCUUGCAAGCCAGAGUGAAGGAGAGCUGACAAGCCUGCGCCAGGAGCUGACAAAUGCCCAAGCCCUUAUCGGGGAGUUGAUGCAGUCCAAGCGGCAGUGCCAGCAGCAGCAGUCUGAGCUAUGUCUACUUCAAACCAGACACCAAGAGGAACUGGAGCAGAGGGAGAGGAUAAUGACCACCCUGGAAGAUGAGCUCCAGCAGGCCAAGGAUGAACUUCAUAUUCUCAGACCACUGAGGGAGAAAAUCAAUGAACAAGCUUGCAGCCUCCUGAAGCUGCAAGCAGAGAACAGCACUUACAAAGAGCAGGUGUGCAAGCUCCAGCAUGCAAACAGCCAGCUAACCAGCGAGAGCCUGGAGAUCUGCUCUGACUCCACUCAAGGGAUCCGCAGGUUCGAUGCCGAAAUGGCAAAGGCAAGAGAGGGUCACUCGCUGGAGCUGGAAAAGCUGAGGGCAGAGCAUCAGAGACAGCUAGCCAACCAUAAAGUAGAGGCCCAGGACUUCAAGAAUGGACUGGAUGCUAUGACUAGGAAGUACGAGAAAGCCAAGCUGAAGAUGCUAGAUGAUCGGCAGAAGUUCCAGGAGGAAAGGCAGAAGCUGGCGACGCAGGUGGAGGAGAUGCAGAAGCUUCUUGAUAUAGAAACACAGAAGUUAGAUGAGAUGACUAAAAAACUUGCUGAACAUAAAGCCACAGCCAUGUCACAACAUCAGAAAGUAAAGGUGAGAGAGACUGAAUUCCAGGAGGAUGUGAAAAUACAGAAGCAGCAGAUCUCUGAACUCCAAACUCAAUUGACCCAGAAAGAGCAGGCCCUCGAUCACUACAAGGCACAGGUUGAGAAGGCCAAGGCUCAUUAUAAUUCCAAGAAGCAGCUGCUGCAGGAAGCGCUCGAGCAGGUGCAGGCCCUGGAGACGGCACUCGAAAGCAGCCAGCGAGAGAACAGCCAUUUGAAGACUGAGUCUAAACAGCUAGACUUGGAGCUACAGCAGUCUCAACUGAAUGCCAAGAACCUGGCCACCAAGAUCAGCAGCCUGCAAGCACAGGUUGACUAUGCUGACAGACAGUUGCGUAGCCUUGGGAAGUUACAAGUGGCCACAGACGUCUUUAAGAGCCGAGAGUCGCUGUGUCCGAAUAUCCUAGAGAAGGACGAGGAUGUGAGCAAUGAUAGCCUGGAAGUGAGCCACGAUGAUGCAGAUAUCUUCAACUCCACCAGGAAGCCAGUCCCUCCGGUGGCAGUGACCCCUAUGGCAGCGAGGAGCUCGGAACGCCUGGCUGCACAGCGUCGGACCAAAAAGGGAGAGUCUCUGGAGUCCUUGUACUUCACCCCCCUGCCAGCCAAACGUGAUGCCAAUCUGGAGAGCAGCAUUGACUCCCUGGGUGAGCUGACUCUCAACUCUUCCAAGAAGACGCGCUCCGCCCGCCGGCGGACCACCCAAGUCAUCAACAUCACCCUCACAAAGAAGACUCCAGGACCUGAGCCAGGUAGUGCCAACACCUCCUUCCACAGCCUCCAGUCAGCCCAGUCCCACCUGGACCUCUUCUCCCAGAGGGGCCGGCCUGUCUCCACCAGCUCCUUCUCCUCCCACUACAGCUUCUCACAGGAAUCGCUUGAAGAGGGCUCUGUUACCGAGACACUGCGCAGUCUUCCUGGGUAUCGUCAACCACCUGCCACUGUCAUCACUGCUGCGCCAGACCGGAGGAGUACCAACUCGUUCAUCAUUGGGUCUCAGAAUGAACCAGAACAUACUGAUGACUGGAUGCGGAUUGCAGAAUUACAGGCCCGGAACAAGGCGUGUCUUCCACAUCUAAAAACCAGCUACCCGCUGGAGUCCAGACCUACCACCCACAUCCCGUUCAGCAUCUCUGAUGAGGAUGUGAAACUGGGAGACCCAACUGAGACGAUCAGGCGUGCCUCGAUGCUGCCUGGUCAGAUCCGCGAUGGCGUUUCUUCUCACCGGGCCUCGAUGCUGCCUGGUCAAAUCCGCGAUGGCGUCUCUUCUCACCGGGCCUCGAUGCUGCCUGGGCAGAUCCGUGAAGGGGUGUCCUCUCACCGUCAGUCCCUGCUGCCAGUGCCUGCCUUCGACCCCAGCUGGCAGAGCAACAGUGGCGUCGCCACCCGCCAGCAGACCAAACGUUCCUGUGGUGAACCACACCAGGGCGGGGACACACCUGAGUCCAAGAAAAUGGCCAGCUGCUUCCCACGUCCCAUGACCCCGAAGGAUAAGAAUGACCGCCGCUACACCAUGCAGAACUCCCAGAACAAGCCAUCCAGCUCCCAUGCUGACCGGCGCCAGUCCAUGUCCUUCAGUGUCCUCAACACACCUAAAGGCAAGCAGGGGAGCAACAUUCUGCAGAGGGGACUCAACAGAAUGAGAGCGAGCACAAGGAAAUCUCCCAGUUCCUCUACAAAUAAAACUCCCCUGCGCUCCGGCAACAAAUCACCUCUCGCUACCAGCACUAAAUCACCCCGGGUCACCAGCAACAAGUUCCCUAAAGUUACUGCAAGCACAAAAAAGAGCACCGGUUGCAAACUAAUGAAAAACAUGAAGAUAUAAAAAUGACCGCUAUCAAGGAGACGAGAAACUGACUGGAACUGCACAUGCUCUGGGACUGGAAAAGGGUGCUUUUACAGUUCCACUGUACCCUAUUAUAUAAGAAUGUGUAAAUAUGUAAUUAUGGAGCACUAUUAUACUGGAGCACUCUGUGUGUACACUGGAAUGUGCACAUAUACUUCAUCUUUCAUGAACAAGGGUUUCCUGUAACAUGUACAGUUACAAAGCUUCAUUUUAGAAAGCCCCCUGCUUACUGAUACAAUAGUAGUGUGUGCAGGGUCUGCAGUUGUAUGCAC